ACAUCUACAACAUUGACAAUCACAUCCAAAACAUAUGUAAGUUUCAACUUGGUUUUUUGAAACAUGCAAUUGUGAUUGCCGAUUGGAAUUAUGUUUCGUUUUCAAUUAUUAUGUAAAAAUGUGAAUGUGUUGAAACAACUACGAUGCUGGUCAGUUAGCACUCAAUUUUUCCGUGCCAUUACUAAUGAGAGCCUACAAAGUUCACAUGACAGCACACCAACCUCAAAAACAGACAUCGCCUCGCUGAAGCAAUUGGUCAAAGAGCAAGGAGAUCUUGUAAGGAGACUGAAAGAAAAUGGAACAGCCGAAACUGAAUUAAAGUCAGCAAUCGAUGAACUACUGCGGCGGAAGGAAAAGUUGCUGGAGACAGAGCGGCAAUCAACUCAUGAUGUCUUCUCAAUUGAUCGCACAAAAUUCGAGAUUCUCGUGAGAAGACGAUUUGUUUAUGAUCAGAGCUAUGAAAUCUACGGUGGUGCGAGUGGUUUUUAUGAUUUGGGACCAAUUGGAUGUGCAUUGAAGACCAAUUUACUUCACUUGUGGAGACGAUUUUUCGUCUUAGAGGAUCAAAUGCUUGAAGUCGACUGUCCAGCAAUGACGAUUGAACGGGUUUUCAAAGCCUCUGGUCACAUUGACCGAUUUACGGAUUAUCUCGUUAAAGACACUGUUACAAACGAGUGCUUCCGAGUUGACCAUUUGAUUAAAUCACACUUGCAACAGCUUACAGUGAAGAAUCCACAGUUUAAAGGACUUUAUGAUGAAACUGUUACGAAGCUGGAAAGUGCAACAAAGAGUGAUUUGAAGGAGCUGAUCCAAAAGUUUAGUGUGAAGAGUCCACUUACUGGCAAUGACUUAACUGAUCCAGUGGAGUUCAAUCUGAUGUUUGAUACUCAAGUCGGACCGUCAAGCUUGAUAAAAGGCUACCUCCGUCCAGAGACUGCCCAAGGAAUUUUCGUCAAUUUCAAGCGUUUGCUCGAGUAUAAUCAGGGAAGGUUGCCAUUUGCUGCUGCACAAAUAGGCAAUGCAUUUCGUAACGAGAUUGCACCACGAUCAGGGCUACUUCGAGUUAGAGAAUUUACAAUGGCAGAAAUUGAGCACUUCUUUGAUCCUACUGAAAAAACCCAUCCGAAAUUUAGUGAUAUCAAGGAUACAAAAUUACUUCUGUAUUCGGCUAAAAAUCAAGAAAAUAAUGAGAGUGCCAGCGAAAUUUCAAUUGGAGAUGCAGUAGAGAAGGGUUUGGUCGCAAACGAGACGUUGGGCUAUUUUUUGGCAAGGAUUCAGCAGUUUUUGCUCCGAGUUGGAAUAUCACCAAAUUACCUACGGUUCCGACAGCACAUGGCUAAUGAAAUGGCUCAUUAUGCCGUUAAUUGUUGGGAUGCUGAGUGCUUGACGAGCCAUGGAUGGAUCGAAUGCGUCGGCUGUGCCGAUCGAUCUGCGUACGAUUUACAGCAACACUCCAAAGCAUCUGGAGUUAAUUUAACGGCCGAAAGACGACUUACAGCACCACGAGAAGUUGUCAUAGCUGAUAUUGUACCAACAAGGGAAUAUAUUAAGAAAUUGAGUAGCAAAAAGUCGAAACAGCUUGGCAAGUACUUGGAAGGACUAAAUCAAAAACAGAAAAAGACACUUUUAGAGGCUAUCAAUGAUAAAGGGUCUUUUGAAGUAAAUUUGGAAGAAAAUAAAACGAUCAAAUUGGAGAAAUCUUCGAUUGAAGUGAAGAAUGUGUCAAAACUGGUUCAUGUUGAAGAGAUAACACCAAAUGUGAUUGAACCAUCAUUUGGAAUCGGUCGAAUAUUGUAUGCAGUACUCGAGCAUAGUUUUCGUAAACGCGAUGGUGAAUCCAAUUCAUAUUUUGCAUUGCCCACAUCGAUUGCAGCGCAUAAGUGUUCCAUUUUACCGUUGAGCAAUCGAAACGAAUUUCAACCGUUUAUUAAGCGAAUCUCUUCCGAAUUGGUCAAUGAAGAUGUUUCACAUAAAAUUGAUGAUAUUAGCGGUUCAAUUGGGCGUCGUUAUGUACGAAGUGAUGAAAUUGGAAUUCCGUUUAGCAUAACAAUUGAUUUUGAUUCGCUGAAGAUACCAAACACAGUCACACUACGUGAGCGUGAUACAAAAGAGCAGCUUCGUAUACCGCUCGGCCAAAUCAGCAAGGUUAUACGAGAUUUAUCGUAUGAAAAAACUAAUUGGCAUCAGCUCACUGGAAAAUAUCCAAGAUUUGUGAAGCAACAAUCUUAAUAGCCAGGAUUUCUGAGUCUCAGAAAAAAAAACAUUUAAUUUUGAAUGCUGAAAAACCGUUGAAUUUGUAAAUAAAAACGAUUUUAGUACAGAA